AUGGAUCAGCCGAAGAAGGAGUCAUGGUUAACCACCCUCAAUCCCCUUUAUCCCAGUCUUUUGGAAGGCUCUAAGCCUGAGCUUCGCCUCCCUUCCCAUGAGUCCAAUCCUCCCAUGUAUACAUCCCUACGCCCAGUUGGCGAUGAGAGGCGUGCCCUGGCAAACAUCCGAUCAAUCUUUGGCUAUCACCCAAGGGACUUGAUGAGGAAGAGAGAUCUUGGAAACUAUAUCCCCAAAUCCCACGUGAGAGACAUGAGGGAUGUCCUCUUCCUGAGCGUGAGCAUCUGCCCAUCCACGAUCCAGGACCAGGGCUACGUCGACGUCGGCAUCUCCGUCUUCGACACCCGCUACCUCGACAAUGGCUUGAAAACCGGCAGAAGGGAUGAGGAGUGGGCCCUGUGCGCCGUAAGGUCCUACCACUUCUGCCUCGUCGCCGACAAAUGGGGCGUCACGGGCAGCGACUGCAGAUUCAACUUUGGCCACUCGACGGUCAUCACGCCCGAGCAGCUGCCCGCCUGCGUCGCCGACAUCGUCUAUGGCCGGGACUACGUCGUCGUCGUCUCGAACCCGGAGUCGCGCCCCGAGAGCCUGCAGCAUAAGCUGGGCGUCGACCUGGGCCUCGAUCCCCUCUGCUGCGUCGACGUCGUCAGCAUCUACAACCUGGUCAUGGAGGAGCGCCACACCAAGCUCGGCAGCAUCGUGGCCGAGAUGGGCCUGUUCCGGGAGCGGAUCGACCACCCGGGCAACGCGGCUCACUACAACCUCCGGGCCCUCCUCGGCGUCGUGACCCUCGACGCCACCAUGAACGGGUGGGAGUGGUCAGCCGACUUCAUCUGGUGCGCGGCCUUCAUCGCUAACAGCCCCGAGGCCUUGUACACCCAAGGCUACGGAAAGGAAUGGGUCGACUGGUUCUUCCACGCCCACCUAAAUUUGUUGCGCAUGAAAGUAUCGAUGCGUGAAGAAAACAAGUGGGAGAGGGAGAAGGACAAGUUUGAAAACUUUGAUUAA